AUGGCUCGUCCCGAGAGCCAGCGAACACUCACUCCUUCGGUCCCUGCCAGCGAAUCGGGGAAGCGACAAACAGACGAGGAAGCAGCUGUUCAGAGUGGCAACAAAGAGGGUGAAGCUUCGAGCUCAGAGCCUCAAGAUCCUAAUGCUGUUGGAUGGGAUGGCGACGAUGACCCCGAUAACCCCAUGAACUGGACACCAAAGAAGAAAUGGGGAUGUAUCGGCGCUCUAUCACUCAUGACCCUAUUGACUCCCCUCGGCUCCUCCAUGUUCGCCCCAGGCGUCCCCGACAUUAUGCGCGAGUUCAAAGACGACAACGAAAACAUCGCAACCUUCGUAGUAUCCGUCUACGUCCUCGGCUUCGCCUUUGGUCCCCUCCUAGCCGCACCCCUCAGCGAGAUCUACGGCCGCGCGCCCGUCUUCAACAUUGCCAACAUACUCUUUAUCAUCGCGACAAUCAUCACCGCCCUCAGCCAAAACAUGCCCAUGCUCAUCGUCUUUCGCUUCCUCAUGGGUUUCGCUGGCUCUACACCUGUUACGAAUGGUAGUGGAACUAUCUCUGACAUGUUUCCUGUUGAGGAACGUGGCAAGGCCAUGGCUGUGUGGGCUAUGGGGCCGUUGCUGGGACCCUGCAUCGGACCGCUGAUGGGAGGGUACAUGAUUGAAGAUCUCGGUUGGCGAUGGGUAUUCUGGGUCAUCGCCAUCUUUGCCGGUGCUCUGUCAGUUGUCUGCUACUUUGCAGCCCCCGAGACAUACCAUCCCGCCCUCCUCGCGAAGAAGGCCGCCCGUCUUAGGAAGGAGACUGGAAACCAGGACCUCUACUCGGCUCUACAUAACCCCAACCUAACCAGCAGGAAGCAGUUUGAGCAUGCCAUCAUUCGCCCGAUGAAGCUCCUCUUCACCCACUUCCCCGUUCUCAUCCUCUCUCUCUACGUCGCCAUUGUUUACGGCGUGCUCUACCUUAUGUUCAGUACCUUUACUUUUGUCUUCGCCCAGCAAUAUGGCUUUGGCACUGGAACAAUUGGUCUGGCGUAUCUGCCCACCGGUAUUGGCAUGUUGUUCGGUGUCAUUCUGUUUGGCGUCAUUACGGAUGUCAUUGUCAAGAAGAAGCUCGCGCAGAACGGCAAGACCGUUCCCGAAGAUCGUCUUCCCGUCUGGCUGAUUGCGCCCAACGGUAUCAUCAUUGUCGCAUCGCUGUUCUGGUAUGGAUGGUCGACCGAGAACAACACGCACUGGAUCGUGCCCAUGAUUGGCGUCGCCUUCUUCUGCUUCGGUCUAAUGGGCAUCAUGAUGUGUCUCCAGAUCUACCUCAUCGACUCCUACAUUUCCUACGCAGCCUCCGUCGUCGCAGCCGUGACAGUCCUCCGCUCAAUCGCCGGAGCCAUGCUCCCACUCGCGGGUUUGUCAAUGUACAACCACGUCGGCCUAGGCUGGGGCAACAGCAUUCUCGCAUUCUUAGCGCUAUUGUUGGCGCCAGUGCCCAUUGUAUUCCGCUACUACGGAGCCCAAAUCCGCGCCAAGUGCCCAGACAACCUGGGCUGA